GCCACAAACUUCUGGAUGAAGUAAUCAGUAUAUUGAAAACACUAUGAAACCUUGCUUUAGAGCACAAAAUUGAGUAAAUUUGCCAGGAAUGCGUUAGUUCUCUUGUUUUAACCUGUUUGAAUCGAAAUUGUUCAAUCAACAACUUCAAAAUAAUCGAUUUGCGACAGCAUUCAGUAAAUCGCCCACCAGAUGACGCCACGAGGAACUACAACAAGGCAGAGAAAAAUCACAAACCUUGCUAAAUAAUUUCAUCGACUCUCAUCUGGACUCUGGAGAUCUGAUAAGUGCCACUGCAGAUUAAGUUUAAAAUAACUUCGUGCUGUCGCGAUUUCAAAGAAGAUGCGAGAGACAAAUAAAACUGACAGCGCCUGGGAUUCUCUGGUGCGGGUCUCACAUUUCAAAGGUGUAUAUAGAUUCGCGUUGAUAUCGAGAUUUCUGGGAAAAAAUGAUUGGAGGGGUUGGUGUUUGGGGUAGUAUAGCGAAGAUUCGUGCCGUAUAUGGAAGAUGAACGAUUCGAUGCCAAAAUUGAUAAAAUAAAAGGAUGAAAGAUCCCAAAAGAUACAACAAUUCUUGGGUGCAGUUGGGAGAGGAGAUCUUGAUGUUAUUGACUUCGUUCUGGAUGGUUCAAGUUCGUUAGUGUGGAAGCCUCAAUUAAAUCCACCAGUUUUAUCCAAUGAGGCAGCAACUCUGAAUGAGAACAAGUCUGCCAAAAACAACAUUAAGCCAAAAGUUAAGAAAACAAAAGAAUGUAAACAAAGUGUAUCGCCAGUUUUACAAAACUAUUUAAAAAAUGAUACUCAAAACAAUGACAGAGAACAUCCAUUGACAAAAAUCAAGUGGCAUUCUUCACCUACAAAUAUCCAAAGGGGUUUAAAAAGUGAAAACAGGCUUUAUGAGAAUGAUCAGAAGAUGAUUGAAUGUUUAAGUGAAAGGGCAAGGUCCUCUUUCAAUCCAAAUUGUCGUGGAAAGUGGAUCAUUCUUGUUUCCUCCAUGAUCAAUGAUUUUACAUUGGAAGAUCUUUGGAUGAAACUUUCAGAUUAUUUGCAUCAAAAUUAUUAUAAAAAUUGUACCAUAACAUUCCAGACAUGCCCUGAUUGUAUCUUGAUAUAUACAGAUUUCCUGUCAAGUGCAAUGGUUCCUAAAGCAUUUUCUUGCAUUAAAAGAAUGGUUAGGCAAAUGACCUAUACAGUUCAUCCUUGUGGUCCAAUAUUGUCCUACUCUUGGACCAGAGGAGUUGAAAUCCUGUAGAAAUCUUUCAUAAUCACUCGUAUUUUUGUUGGUUUUGUGGUUUUUUAUAUUGCUAGCACGGACUAUUGUGGUUCUACAGUCGGGUCGAAACGAGAUUUUGUCUACUUGGCUCUUGCGAAUACGCACUUCCCUCGAGGCUUGAGGUUAUGAAACGACCAUGGCGCGUCUUAUGCACACAAGAUCAGGUUAUCCAAUAAAAGAAAUGAAAUCAUUUACGAACGAAGCCAUGAAAGGUGACGAAGAAAUAAAGACAUCAAACGGUGAGACAAAAGUAAAAACAAGCCAAGCUGCGUGUGUUUCUAACUUGAAACAGAGCAUCGUCCGAAGAACCGAAUGCCUUCUCAAUGAUAUUCAAACGAACAUUCAACGCGGUGAUAUUCAGUCAGCAGCUGUGUCUCUGUGCCAUGCGUACUCGCUUGCUCCACGUCGUACUAAAAAGCAACUAAGAAGAAUCGAAAGAGGGGCUUUGAAAGAUCUUGUUAAAGUUUUAGAGAAACUCUGCACAGAAAACAAUAAGGAUUCUUCUUUGUCAGUCAAGAAAAUAUCCGAGCUGAUUCUUUUGCCCGAAGUUGAUCCGAAUAAUUCCGUCGCUUGGCGAGUUAGACUAUGGGCGUUACUCGAGUCGGAAGAAUACGAAGAGGUGGUCCUGAACACCGAUAGACUGCAAAACAUACCGAAGUCUGAUGAAACCGCAGACCUUUAUUUUAUGUGUUCGCUCGCUCACAUGAAAGUUGGAGUCAAGGAAACUGGGGUAGAAUUAUAUCUGAAGGCCUUCCACAUUGAUACAACCCGAGCGAAUAAAUGUCUUUCUGCUAUUAGUGAGGAGAGUAAAGAUGUCAUUUAUGCUACAUUCUUGGAGAAGGCAGCCAAACUUCAUAGAAAUAUGACGUCGCUGAGCGCGAAGGAUAACGUUGAUAUGUUGAAUUAUUACGCAGAAGUUUUGAGACUUCAUCCAAACGAUGUAAAUGCUUCGGAAAUCUAUGGUCAGCUUCUGAUGAAGGUGUUUCGAUACGAAGAUGCUAAAGUUCUCUUUGGUCGUGUAAUUGACCAUCUGGAGUCCCAAGGAAAUCUUGCUGAUGCUGUUCACUUCAGACUCUAUCAUGCCGAGUGCCUGGUUAACAUUGGAAACUUUGACGAAGCAGUGUUAGACUACUUGGAAACAAUGCUUCACGACUCGUGUCUGACACAGAUCACACUGCAGUCUCUCUCUAAUGCUCACGUUACGAAAUUAACUUCGUGUAUUAUCGACCAAGCUUCGGCGCUUGUCAAUCACAUUUCGUGUCCCGAAGAGUCGGAUCCGAACGCCUCCGACGGCGCCCUUCAACUGUAUCACCGCCUGUAUAAAUUGCUGUACGCUAUCGACAGUGAAAAUACAGAUGCACUGCGAAAAUGUGCUGAGUCGUUACAGGUCGCAGGAAAACACGAAGACGCCGUCGCCUUGUUAACGGAAGCUAUUCGGAAGACGCCGUCAGUUCAUUUGCUAUGUGAGCGAGCUAUGUCAUACCUGGGAAUGAGAAAUUUCACGAUGGCACAAACGGAUCUGGAGUGUGCAUCCCACUUGCAGGCGAAUUCAAUCGAGCUUCUCUGUUGCAAGAGUUACUUAAAUUUUUUAAUCGAAAAACCGGAAAAAGCGGUCCGGGAUGUGAGCUUGGCAUGCGAGAUCAGUUCAUCACGCACUACGAAAGUGCUGCAGAAGUUCACUGAAGAACAAUUCAAAUUGAUCUCGCACGGAACAGAGAAAUACAUUCAUGAAUGCAUCAAGAAGACAAAACCUAGAAUUAAAGAGAAAUCGAAACUUUUGAUAGCAUUAUGUGAUCUGCUCGUUGGCCUCUCACCUACAAGACUUGAAUGUUAUCUGCAGUAUAGUGACGUGCUUGUUGCCAUGGAUAUGCAACAGGAGGCCCAAGCAAUAAUGUUACGAAUGGUAAAGACGACGCCAAACGAAUGUCUUCCAAUAAUACAUCUUGCUGCGCUUCGUAUGAAACUUGGUAAUACUGAGCUGGCGCUGGAAGGUUUGUGUAGCGUUCUACGUGACGUGGAUGAGGAGAGCUUAGCAGCCGAACUUUCUGAGUUUCCGAAAAAAGAACGUGCGCAGAUAUCUCGCGAGGCCAACACGCGGGGGUUAACUCUGUUUCGCGAGGAGAAAUACUGCGAAGCCAUUGAUUGUUUUGGCGUUGCCAUAGCAGCAGCGUCAUGUCACGCUCCGGACGCCUUUUUAGCCAGAGCAAGAUGUCUGGUGCAGUUAAAACAUUAUUUCAAAGCGAUCAGUGAUUUCACGGCAGUAUUGAAACGUACGCCUUCGUGUGUGGAAGCACGAUGUGGUCGCGCAUGCGUGUAUGUAAUACUUCAAGAAGAUCUUGAAGCAAGUCGUGACAUUCUCUUCAGUCUUCAUACAAACAUUCCAGCAACAACGAGGUUUUUAUCCGCACUUCCUGAACUAAGGCUCCGGAUGAUGCUGUUCACUUUGGAGAAGUACCUUCAAGUGGCUUUUGCAUAUUGCGGAAAAAAUGGCGAUGUUGCAUCAACAAUUCAAGAGGAUAGUUUCAUGACGUGUGGAGAAUCCCUCUUGCUUCUCUCUGAUCUUCUUGUCAGCUUAUGUCCAGAAAAUUCCAAGUAUCUUAGCGUCUUGGGCGAUGCUUUGAUCGUACACAAACGCUAUCCCGAAGCAAUCACGAAGCUUAAAUCAGCACAGGAGUUAUCACCCCUUGACGUAUCCAUUACAGCAAGGAUUUCUUUACUACACACGAAGGUGGACGACCACGAGGCGGCGAUGAACGAGCUCACGAAACUCGUGGACGACUGGGAAACGUUGGCGUUUUGUGUUCAAGCGAUGGAUGAAGGAGCCAAGUGUAAAAUUGCACAAUCUUCAUUUAAACAAGGGGAACUCUUAAAGAGUAGGGAGAAAAAUGGCGAAGCAUUGAAGUUUUAUUCAAUAGCUGUGGCCGCGUCGUGCUGUCGUGAUGCCGGAAUUCUUCGCGCACGUGGAAAAUGUUUGGAAGUCCUUCAGGAAUACACGCGCGCAAUUCGUGAUUUCAGUAUGGUGCUUGCGCUGCCGAACCCACUGAUUAGUGAUUAUUGCGCACGCGCUGUGGCAUACAUGAUGGAUGACGACGAUGAGAAGGCAUGUCGGGAUUUCAUUUCAGCGCUCGAACGUGAUGCGAAUAUCGCACGAAAUAUGAUUGCCUCUCGUCCUGGAAACGCCUCCGCUCUCGGGAUCUUUCUCACGUCAGCUCGUAUAGCACAUGCGCGAAAAAACUACGAAAAGGGUCACAGUAUUUGUGAGUUUGGUCUAAUGUUGGACGAAAAUGACUCAGAUCUUCUAGCAAUCAAAGAAAAGUGCGAGAAUCACAUGCAGAAGUGUAUUUUAAUGUAAACUUAAAAGAAGCGUAAAAAUUUGAACUUGUUUUAUUAUGUAAAUAUGAAGAUGUUGAACAACACCAGUGUGUGUUGUGUUGUGUGUGGAAGGAAAGAUUUAUUUUAAUUUAUUGUCUAAUUUUUGAAAAAGAAAUAAAAGCACGGUAACCCACAUUGAUGUGAAUUUCCCUUUCUGGUGGUUGAGACUUGUAAGUUAUGAUGGCACUGAGAACUUCCCAAAAACAAAGGAUCUAAUUGAGACUGUGACAUUUCACAAUUAUUCAAAAAUCUUUAUUGAUUACAAAACAUUAUCUGGAAAAUAACAAACUGUGAGGAAUGGUGUGUGUGUUUCGUGCUUCCGUAUUGC